UACGCUAGCGUGAGGCGUGUAGCUGCUGCUGGACAAGGACAUUGGGAGAUGGAAUGACAUUUGUGUAACGCUUGAUAACUUCCCAUUUCGAAACAUUACGUGGGAUAUCAAAGUAAAACACCUGACUUUGAGGAUUAUUGUCUUACUAUCUGGUCAUUGCUAAACUGACUAAUCGCAGUUUCGAUCCAAUUCGCUUCUGACACAGCAGAUUUUUUAUUUGGGAUCGAGAGGUGACCAAAAAGCGCUGGUCCUUCCUUGGGGUUGCUGUGGAAUAAUGCCCCUGGUGAUUGGAGUUACACAUACCCCCUGUUUGUGAAUGGCUGCUUGUAGAGGGGGCGUCGCCUUGUGGGUGGGGUGUGUGAGGAGCCAUGGCAACAGGCAACCAGUCAAGCAACAGUGCUGGAGUCUUGCUCAGGCGAUGGAUGUGCAGUGGAGUGGACAGAUCCGGACGCUCAGCAGCACAUCAUGGGCCCUGGUUCCCCCCAACAGUCUGAGGUACCAGAACAUCAAGCAUCUGGCCCUGUCACACCCCUUCCACCAUGCCAGCCAGGGACAACCCCACAGCCAGAGGCCCCCGGACCUGGACGAGGACUGGGAAGAGACAGUCAGCCUGUGUGUGCUGGUGCAGCCUGGCCCUGGGGAGUGUGAUGGCCAGCACACCCUGGUGGAGGUGCCUCUAUUUGGGCAGAUUAAACUAGGUGAACUCCUGGCUCCGGGAGGACUCAGUAGGCCCGUGGAGUUCCUCUUCCCCUUGACCACGGUGGACGGGAGCCGAGAGGAUGACAUCAGUGUUGGGACGACUAAGGUUCAGACUGAAGGUUCCAAGACGAUGAUGAACGAGGGAGAGACGGAAACAGAAAAGAGGGAGCGAGGAUCAUUCCGGAGCCUGUUUGAGACAGAAAGAUGUCCAGCUCCAUUUAUGUAUGGAGCUAGGUUCUACUGCUUCCACUGUCCUGGGAUGGAGCCAUUGCCUGGUUAUGGGAACAAAUCGAGCCAUAUGAUUGGACUAGAGAAGGAGUUGUCAAUGUUGCUCCACACCUCUCUGUAUAGUAGUUAUGCAGAGAGAAAGACAGUAGAGGGGGGUCACAGCGACAGAGAGAGGGAGGACGAGGAGAAACUGGCAUUGAUGUAUGAAAAGCUGAGGAUUGAGCUUCCUAGUUUCUUUAUGAAGAGUCAUGACUACACCAUGUACACAAAUGAUAUCGAGUUCGUCAACUGUAUUCUAAAUGCCAAGACCAGGGGCAGAGUUCUGUACCAGCUGAGCCUGUCUCUGUGGAGGCUGCUGUGUCUCUGUUACUAUGCUGAGGCCCGGUUAGAGGUACUGAAACUGACCAAGCACCCAGAGGACAGGACCAUCAAGGCCAGGUGGAGUGUCAAAGGACUGCCCUUCCUCUCUCUGCUGCUGAGAUUCUACCGCAAGGACAAAACUGACCUCUACAGGUCAUAUGAUGCGUUCUCUACCUUCUACCUUGGCAAUGAUGGACUCAUACAUUGUCACAAAGUGGAAAAAGUGAUGAAAGCCCAGCCGCCCAUCCUGCCCGGGGUGACCACUCUGUUAGCGGGAGCCCUCGUGUCCCUGGGGGUCCAGGAGCACCGGCCAGCCCUCAACCUCAUGCCCCCCCUGCUCUCCUCCCUCCGACAAGGCCGAGACUGAUAGAGAUGGAGGGUCUGGAACGAGCAUGUGUGUACCAUGAGAGAAGUAACUGGGAGAGGGGGAAACAGGCAAUCAGUGUUGUUGAGAAAAAAAGCCCCUAUUCACCCGUACAAUGCCUGCUCUGAAAAUAAAUAUCAAUUAAAAAUAUCCUCCAAAACCAUUCUCUCUCUGGACUCACACAGCAAUAGAAUAGCAGCUACUACUUUAGUUGAAAUUGCAAUCCAGUUAAUAUGCAAUCCAGGACUUCAGUUCAUCCAGUAAGUCGAGUCGAUACCUUGAGUCAGUUCCUUGUUAACGCACAAACAAACGAUUGCACAGCGCUUGUGUGAUGUUGAACCACCUUCUGGGCCUAUACGCUCACACUACAUAGCCUGCUACUCAUAAAAGUGUCUGCUAAAUGGCAUAUAUUAUUGGACAAACCUAUUUUCACUGCAUUACAUGAAGACUGUUAAAUGCUUAUUUUUUUAAAGCAUUGUUUAAAAACAAUUGAUGCCAGAUUAACAUUAAAGUUAAAUGGAUUCAUCAUUAUUGAAAUCAGUCAUUUUGUGUUGAGUGUGCCUGGGAACUGGGCACACAUGUCACUGGUUUCCUUUGAAUAGUUUGCACUGGUGAAUGUGUUGUUGAUGUAACAGUUGGCACACAGCCCAAGGAACCCUGUAUUGAGGCAAGGAGUCUUUAUAUGGAGACGAGACCACAUUCUAUAUAGCCAGUUGGCCUGGCUAUUAUCUAUGGCCUCCCACCAUGAUUCAAUGUAGGCCUUUUUCCUAACAGACCCUAUGAUCUCAGUGUACCAGUGGAAAGUCGUUGAAUAGGUUGCAUGAUGUCUGUCCCUGUACAAACUUCACAAAAAUACUUUGACAUAUACACUGCAAAAUCUCUCAUAACUCUUAUUUUGAAGAGCAUUAAAUCUCAUGUCCUCAUUGUUGAGACGUAACUUUCACAAACAACCCCACCCUACCCUGGUUAAACUGCUAUUGUCCUUCCGUGUUGGAUGGCUAACUGGCUGUGAGGGACAGGAGAGGCAGCUGCAGACUGCCUGGCCUGCUGUAAGUGUUGGAACUGACCUCAGCUCAACCAGGGUUCAUGUCCCUGACACUGCAACACAGUUGCAUGACAUAGGACUCUGGAUUCAAAAAAUAUGUGAAUUUGCCAGUUCGGUACUGACACUUUAUUUUCUGAUGGAAAAACAAGUGGCACCUGAACAACUCUUGAUUGGAAUGUCAGUUUAAUGGUUAUAAGUAGCAAAAAAUGUAAUUGUAGGAUAUUGAAUGUCUGUACGUGUCAUAAGAAUGCAACUCAAGCUUCCUCUGUAUCAUUGUUACACUGUUUCACUCAACAUGUGUGUUUGAGAUUACAAUACAUGCGUUCUCAAACUAGGUGACAGCAUGCCACGUGUUAGAUCUAGCACUACCAUUAAUACUCUAACAUUUACUUGAAGGGGGCAUACAUAACACCUGAUGUUGAAUAAUUUAGUCAUGAAUGAUACUGGAACACUUGUAAAGGUGUUACAACCCCUUUCAAGUAGUGUUAUCUGUGACUUCAGAAAAAAAAAAAUCAGAUUGAAUUAAAUCGUUCUUAUCUAGUGCCGUGGUUGCUGCUUUAGGAUUUAACUCACUUAUUUGUAAUAACCCACAUCUGGUGUGAAACCUGGCUAUGUCUGUAUGUGUGAAUAAAACAAAUCAAUGUUGUGUGUA